AUGCUAACAGCUAGCACCAGCGAGGAGGAAUAUUGGCAGCUACAACACGACAUACCAAACAUUGAAACGUUUGCCAAAAGGCUGGUCAACAACACAGCACAACCGCCAGUAGAAUGGUUGAUUGUAACCAACAUGGAAAAAUACAACUCAACAACCUCGGAGGCCCUUCGCACCAUCAUCAGAAAAGCAACGACACAGGGAGCAACACAAUGCAUACUCAUGUGGACAGGAAAGCCACCCGACAAGAUCGUCGACGAAUGGGAACAAUACAUCAAAAGAGAAACCAGAGACAGAACCGACCUACAAACCGCGACACGCACAGCCAGAGGCAGCACAGCACAAGCAUACAUAGACACCGAACACACCAUCAUACUCACAGCCGGGAGAAGAGUGACGGAAGCAUGGAGCAGAAGUUUAGUUGAUGAAGAUCCAUACGCACAGACAGGAACGAUCGAAAACGCUAUGGACGCACCAAACGAAAGCUACACGGGAUAUUUCAACGUGGCAAGGCUAGGACAAAACAGAGUCCACACGGUCAACUCACAAGGACACACACAAGAACAUGAGAUCUACAAUACCAACAAAAUCUCCCCCAGCUUCCACACAACACCCACGAUCUCAGCGCAAGGCACGAUAGCAAUCGCAACCAACGACGCAGAGGUAACAUCACCGGUCCAAACGAUCAGACCUUGGGAAGCCCUCAGCCUGUUUGGUUUCACAAAAGAGGACAGCAGAAACUGUUGUUUGAGGAGAAACUCAGUUGGAGAGAGACAAAAGAGACAAUGA